AUGGAGGAAAGAAGUUACGUUGAAAAUACACUUCUUCUUCUUCUUCUUCUUCUUCUUCUUCUUCUUCUUCUUCUUCUUCUUCUUCUCUUAAUAUUUCCAACUUUCUUUCUUUCGUUCCUUCUUUAUUUAUUUAUUUUUCUUUUCCUUCUUUCUUUCUUUCUUUUUUUUCUAUUUUUUUUUUUGGUUUACGCUUUCUUUCAUAAUUUCUCUAAUUUCUUCUUCAUUCUGUCCUUCCUUCUUUUCUACUUUCUCUUUUUUUCUUUCUCAUCUUUCUUUCUUUCCUUUUUUAUACUUUCUUUCUGUCUGAGUUUUCUUUCAUGGUUUCUCUCAUUUCUCCUCCCUUUAUUUAUUCUACCUUUCCUUCUUUUCUACUUUCUCCGUUUCUUUCUUUUUAAGUUUUCUUUCAUGGAUUCUCUUUCUCCUAACUUUAUUUAUUCUGUCUAUCCUUCUUUUCUAGUUUCUCAAAUUCUUUCUAUCUAUUCAUUCCAUCUUUCUUUCUUUCUUUCUUUCUUUCUUUUUUCGGUCUUUCUUUCUCUCUUUCUGUUUAACAUUUUUACGUUCUACGUUCUGUCCUUUCUUUUCUACUUUCUCCCUUUCUUUCCCUUGAUUCUGUUCUUUCUUUCUUUCUUUCUUUCCUUCUUUCUUUCUUUUUUUCUUUCUUUCUUUCUUUCUUUCUUUCUUUCUAUUUUCUUUCUUUACUUCCAUGUUUUAAUCUUUCUUUCUUUUACAUUUUCCUCUUUUCUUUCUUGCUUUUAUUCUUCUUUCUUUCCUUUUCUUCUCCCAAUCUUUAUUUUCCUUCUUUCUCUCAGUCUUUUCCUCAUUCCCUUUUUUCUCCUCUCGUUCUUUUUUUUCUUUCUCUGUUUUCUUUACUUUCUUCAUCUUCAUUAUUGCUACUCGCCUUCUUCUUUUACCUUCUUACCUUUUUUCUUCCUUUCUUUUAAUUCUUAUUUUUUAUUUCUUCUUUUUUCUUCUCUUAAGUUGUGCCUUUUAUAUUACUUUCUUCAUUUCCUUCUUAUAUUUUCCAUACAUCUUUUCAUCCUUAUUUUUUCUUACCAUCUUUUUCUUCUUUUAUUAUUAUUAUUAUUAUUAUUAUUUACCUACUUAUCUUUUUUCUUAGAUUUUUCCUUUUUUUCAUUUUUGUUACUUAUUCUUCCGUGUUUUUUUUUUACUUUUUUCUUGUUUUCAAAACGUAACCUUUUCUUAACUUCUUUUUCUCUUCUUCUUCUUCUCUUCUUCUUCUUCUUCUUCUUCUUCUUCUCUUCUUCUUCUUCUCUUCUUCUUCUCUUCUUCUUCUUCUUCUCUUCUUCUUCUCUUCUUCUUCUUCUUCUCUUCUUCUUUUUCUUUCAGUUCUUUACCUUCUUUUAA